AUGACUGUUACAGCAAUCGAUAUCGAAGAAGUAAGGGUUUCAGUGGAUGCUGCCCUCCAGGCACUUCAGAAGGAAUUGCGAGGACUCAAUCACCAGAUUUGGUCCAAUCCCGAGCUUGCAUAUGAAGAGCACCUUGCUCACAAUGCAAUCUGCGAUUUCCUCGAGUCCCAAGGCUUCUCUGUCACUCGUCACGCGUAUGGCCUGGAUACCUCCUUUGAGGCACUGAGCGGAUCUGGUGGACGGUUGAUCAACUUCAACGCCGAAUACGAUGCCUUACCGGACAUCGGCCAUGCAUGCGGUCAUAACCUGAUCUCUACCAGCAGUAUUGCAGCCUUUCUCGCUCUUUCGUUCGUAUUGAAGAAAUACGGAAUCCCUGGUCGAGCUCAACUGCUGGGCACACCCGCUGAAGAGAAUGGAGGUGGAAAGGCCAAGCUUAUCGACGCUGGGGCCUACAAGGGAGUUGACAUCUCUCUCAUGGCUCAUCCAGGUCCUCAUAAAAUGUAUCCGGAGGAGGGGGCUUGCGAUGGUAUUGCUGGUACUUUGAUGAAUGCCCGCAAAAACGUUCACUGCGAAUUUACAGGAAGAAAUGCGCACGCUGGCGGUAACCCCUGGGAAGGAAUUAAUGCUCUUGAUGCCCUAGUGUCAUCCUAUAACAAUGUUGCAGUUCUGCGCCAGCAACUGCUUCCGGAUCAGCGCAUUCAUUGUGCUUUCCUGGACACGCCCAAGGUUGCUAAUGUGAUUCCGGCAUACACUAAGGCAUUCUGGCAGGUUCGCAGCCCUACACUCAAGGGGCUCAACAGCCUGAUUGGAAAGGUGCGCAACUGUAUCGAAGCCGGCGCGCUUGCCACUGGUUGUGAAGUCACAAUCGAAGAGGAUGAACUCUAUACCGAUGUCCGUCUAAACGACACUCUGUGCGAGCGAUACUCGGCGCAUAUGGGACGAUACAAUCGCAAGGUACUCAAACGCCAUGAGAAGGUUCUGACUGGAUCCUCGGAUAUUGGCAAUGUCAGCUACGAGACUCCCACACUCCACACAAUGUUCGCCAUCCCGGCCCCUCCAACCUCAUUCCCUCAUCAUCCGACGUUUGCUGCAGCGGCUGGAACGGAUGAUGCUCAUGCCGAAGCAAUUAUUGUUGGAAAGUCCUUGGCGCUGAUUGGGUGGGAGAUGGUGGCUGAAGCGACCCUAUUUGAUACAGCGCAGCUACAAUGGAGAGACGAGAUUGCCAAGGAGUAA